UGAGGAGAGGACGGUGUUGCUACUUGCUUUGCUACAAUCAUAAUUCACAAUCGCUGCCGCUUGAGUGUUUGUUUGGUAUAAAAAUAAAUAAAUAAAUAAGUAAUAAUAAAUUGGUGAAAAAGGGGAUGAUGGCGCGGAGAACAGAGGAAGAAUACGAUUAUCUGUUCAAGGUAGUAUUAAUCGGUGAUUCGGGUGUUGGGAAAUCGAAUCUUCUGUCCCGAUUCACUCGCAACGAGUUUUGCUUGGAAUCCAAGUCCACCAUUGGCGUCGAAUUCGCCACUCGUACCCUUCAGGUUGAGGGAAGAACUGUGAAAGCUCAAAUAUGGGAUACGGCUGGACAGGAACGAUACAGAGCAAUAACCAGUGCCUACUAUCGUGGUGCCCUUGGAGCUCUUCUAGUCUACGAUGUGACAAAACCAACAACAUUUGAAAAUGUUAGCCGAUGGCUAAAGGAGCUAAGGGACCAUGCGGAUGCCAAUAUUGUGAUAAUGUUGAUAGGGAACAAAACAGAUCUGAAGCAUCUCCGAGCUGUUGCCACGGAGGAUGCCCAGAGUUAUGCUGAGAAAGAAGGCCUUUCUUUCAUUGAGACAUCUGCCCUUGAAGCAACAAAUGUCGAGAAAGCUUUCCAGACUAUUCUUGCAGAGAUAUACCGCAUAAUCAGUAAGAAAUCACUGUCUUCGAAUGAGCCUGCAUCUGCCAAUAUUAAAGAAGGCAAGACUAUCACGGUUGGGGCUGCCGAAACCAAUACAAAGAAACCUUGCUGUACAUCUUGAAGCGGGAUUGUAGUUUGUAUUGAUUUUCUGACUUUCUCUGUUACUCAGUAUCAGGAUCGCCCUGCGGCUGCUGUUCAUUGUUUUGCUUGUUUUGUUUAUCAUUCUUUUUGAACUAUAUUUUGGAAUGUUAUCAGGAUUUAUAAUGAUUUCUUAUGGUUGUGCAUGCCGAGUAUGAGUAUUUUCGCGGUUUUCAAUUGCUAGUUUUCAAGUUUGGUAGGUUUGUUCCUGAGCACUGC